AUGUCGGAUGAGAAAGAACUUGAGAAUAGCAUAGGGCCACAGGCUGAGGAGGAGGCUCGUCCUCGUUCCAGAUCCGCUAGUGCAAGACCAGACUACAAAGUGGAUAAUGAAGAGUUCGAUUUGAAAGAGGAAGACGAUGAUGAUGAAUACCAUGAAAAUGAAGACAUUGAUGCUGAGGAGAACAUUGGGGAUGAAGAUGCAGACGAUGACUUUGAAGACAAACGCUCCAGGUCUCACAAGCGUGCAAGGGCUGAUGAUGAGAAUAAAUCAGAAACAGAAGAUUCUAGAGGUGGUUCAGUGUUGCCGGGAACUCCCAGUGGCAUCAAGAAGCCUCAUUAUUCAAUUCCAGUAGAUGAUAUGGGGGCACCACUUCCAGUGGUCAAUGAAGAAUACGAUCUGCCCGACGACGAAGAGGGUGAAACUAAAAUUACGAAGAAUGGUGAAUUAUUGGGCGGUAGGCAAUUCUUAGUGCGUUCGUUUACCCUGUUGGAUAAAGGUCGCCGUAGAUUUAUGCUUUCUACUGAACCUGCUAGAGCCGUAGGAUUCAGAGAUUCCUACCUUUUCUUCCAAUACCAUCCAAACUUAUACAAAUACAUCAUCUCACAGGAACAGAAAAACGAUUUGAUUGAUCGAAGUAUACUUCCUUACUCCUACAGAAACAGACAGAUUGCCUUAGUGACAGCUAGAAGUGUGUUCAAAGAAUUUGGUGCUAAAAUUAUUGUGAAUGGUAAAAACAUCACAGAUGAUUAUUAUGCAACCAGACUGAGAGAGGAGGGACAUGUGGUUGAAGGAACGUAUGCUAGGGAGCCACCAAAGAAAGUAGUUCGACCAACGGAUAGUCUCGAUUAUGCUAUUGGUGCCAUUAAUCCAGCUAAAAAUGCUGUUGAAUUCUUCGAUAAAAGACACCAAACCCAUAACAGUGCUGCAGCUGGUGCUGCUUCGACAAAUAAAGUUACUGCUACAAAUUGGCUAUACCAACAUGCCGCAGCGUGCAGUAGAUUUAACAGCGAUUUGUUUUAUGAUAGAGUGAGGGUGCUACUAAUAGAACAACAUGGUAUAAGAGAUCCUUAUACAAACACUCUGCACAUUCCCUUGUCAACUCAAUCCACAUCUGUAGUGGGCGUUCGCAAAUUACCCAUUAAGAGAGAUAGUAGGGAUAAUGACCAGGAUUACCAAAUAAAACACGAAACCUUAAUCGCUGACCCAGAUUUAACAAGAAUCAAAACCGGUCUUUUAGGAAUACCGAGUGAAAUUUACGAGGAUGUCGUCAGUGAUGAAGUGAAAGAAGCCAUUCGUGAACAGCAGAAAUUCGAAAAGACGCUUCUGUAA